AUGGAUCGUUUUACACCAAGCAGUUUACUUGUCACUUUACCAACAAAUACUUCGAAUGGGACUGAUGAUGAGGGCUGUAUGUUGUUCAACCCGGCGCAAAACGUGAUUAUAACUGGUGCCUACAAUGGAAUACCGCAGACCUUGAUACUGAAUUUGAUUUCGUGGACAUGCUUAAUUUUAUUGUUCACGGUUUUACGUCGCACUGCUUGGAAUUAUGGGCGGAUGGCUCUGGUGCAACGUUCUAAGAGUCGUUGGACGAGUUUAUUCUACCGAGGCGGAGACAACGAUGGAUUGGUAGAGAGACGUAGGAGCGCCGAUGAGUCGUUAAACAUCGAUGAAGGCUUUUUCACAUGGCUGCCUGCUGUGUUUCGGCUCACCCGCGAGCAGGUACUUGCGAAAUGCGGACCAGAUGCCGUUCACUAUUUAUCCUUCCAAAGACACGCAAUAACUCUGAUGUUUAUUGUCACUGUUGUAUCUAUUGGUGUAAUCCUGCCAAUUAAUUUCCAAGGAUCGUCACAACUCGACGCUAGCACUUUCAGUCGCACAACAUUAUCCAAUAUCAAUGGUAGAUCUCCCUGGCUAUGGGUACAUACUUUAAUAAGCAUUAUGUUUCUUCCGAUCUCUGUAUUAAUAAUGAGGAGAUGCACGGGGAGGAAGCCACAACCUACAUCUAUGACUGGAACAAUUAUGAUUACUAACAUAUCUAAAGCUGACAGAAAUGAAGCGACAAUAAGAGCAUACUUCUCGCACAACUUCCCUCAUAUUCAAAUUGUCGAUUUACGUCUGGCUUAUAACAUCAACAAAUUAAAUGAAGUACAGGAGAAGAAGGAAAUGGUGACAGAGGCCCUAAUUUACUCAGACAACUACUUUAAAAAGACAGGGAAGAGGAUCACGGUCAAACCAACUCUAUGUGGACCAGAAUUGGAUGCUCUAGAAUAUUACACGAAUGAAGAGAAACGUCUCAAGGAUGAAGCUGUCAGGUGUAAGGCUAUCGUACUCAAUGAUCCUCUAGGAAUAGCAUUUUUAACUUUGCCUUCUUAUCAACUAGCUGAACAUGUAAUUAAUCACUUCAGUUUACAUCGUGGGUGGGUUUUACAACAUGCUACUAACCCGUCAGACAUUAUUUGGGAGAAUCUGAGUGUUCAGCAAGGUGUCUGGUACUUAAAGGCUAUUCUUGUCAAUGUUAUGCUGUUCAUUGUUCUUUUCUUCUUAACAACACCGGCUUUAGUAGUUAAUUGGUUCAAUACAAUGGUAGCUAAACCAGAAACUCUUAAUAGAUUUGCUAGUAUAAUCUUUGAAUUUCUGCCCACUUUACUUCUGUGGACCAUGGCUGCUGUUAUGCCUGCAAUUGUCGCGUUCUCUGAUAAAUUCCUUUCACAUUGGACAAAAUCUCAGCAAAACUACUCCAUAAUGACCAAAACGGUUAUAUUUCUUCUACUUAUGACUUUGAUUUUACCAUCAUUGGGGCUGGCUAGUGCAGAGGCCUUUGUGGCGUGGACAUUACAUCAUGAAAAUGAUACAAUGCGUUGGGACUGCGUAUUUCUUCCUGACAAGGGUGCACUUUUCGUCAAUUACGUAAUAACCUCUGGCUUCAUUGGUACUGCCCUUGAGCUUAUACGGUUUCCAGAGCUAUUUCUUUACGUCUGGUAUCUGCUGCAAUCGAAAUCGAAAGCGGAAAAGAGUUACGUAAAAAAGGCUAUCUUGUAUGAGUUUCCAUUCGGUGUGCACUACGCGUGGAGUUUGGCUAUUUUUUCAAUAACGAUGGUAUACAGUCUCGCCUGUCCCUUGAUUGCGCCAUUUGGUCUAAUCUAUUUUCUGUUCAAGCAUAUCGGAGAUAAACAUAAUUUAUAUUUCGCGUACGGACCGAGCGACAUGAGCGGAGUGGGUGGUGGAAGAAUUCACGCAACAGCAGUUCGACUAAUUCGAGUUUCUGUGCUGCUUUUGUUGAUAAGUAUGGCGGCCUGGGCCGGUCUGAGAGCGGGCUUCGAGUCUAGAACGAUUAUUCUGAUAAUGGCAUCUAUUGUUGCAUUUGGAACGUUUUUGUUACUCAGUCCGUUCCCCAGCUGCACCCCCCCGGCGCCGUUGCAAGAGGAGUCUAGUGUAAGGUUCCCGGAGUACGUAGCGCCGGCUCUGACUAAACCUAUAAACAGUCCACCCACAACGACUCCUUCGACCCCUGACUAUGGAGCAUCGUCACCGGUUGUUAACUAUAAUCCGGACCACGUUAAUAUAUAAAAUGAUAAAUUAAAAAAAAUUAAUGUCUGGUGAAGUCAUAUCAAGAGAUAAAGAUAAUAUCUUUCGAUAUCGGUCGCGUUUUUGAUAAUUGACAAAGAAAAGGAGAAGUAUUUAUGGUAAUGUAAAUAACGAAUGCAAUAUUUUUAUAUCAUAAUUAUAAAUAAUAUAUUAUAAUCCUAGUCGUUAGGAUAUUUGAGGAAUUUGUAUUAAAAAUCAAUUAAUUUUGCAAUUCCUUGCCUUUUAACAGCACUAAUACUAGAAAUAAUUAUUGUUAUUACCACAAUAUGUUAAUGUUUGCUAAUUUUAUAAAUUGAUGCUUUAUUUUUAAAAGGUACAAAUAUAUGUGUUUCGUUGAAGUAAAAUUAUAAUAACUAGUUUGUCAUAUUACUACUUUGUAAUACGAAAAUUGUUUUAGAAACAACAUUGUAAGAGUACGUGUGAUAAAAUCUCCUAAUAAUUAUUGAUUUUGUGAAAAAUCUAAUGCACUUUUUAUAAUGUUAGUUUCACGUUUGCUACAUGAGUUCGACAUUAUGUUUAUAGGUUAUUGAAAAAUUUUAUUUAUAGUUUUUAUUUUUAUGUAAAUAAUAAAUGUCAUUAUUGUGAUUUAAAUGGCUGUCUAAUUUCGUACGCUUAUUGUGUUAACUAUAAAUAUUGUGAUUUAUUAUUUUUUGUUUCUUUCAUCAAUGUAUAGAUUAUAUAUUUUGUUAUAUCGCAAACUCAUUAUUAUGUUAUAAUCAACAUUGUAGUUCCACCGCUGUGAUAAAUACACGACGAACUCUCA